AUGCUAGUAACUGAGGAGGCAAACUUGAGUGUCCACCCCGUGCUCGCCCCGGAAACGAAGGCCGUCAUCGCCAAUGUGAAGCGGUUUUUCGCACAACUGAAAGAACAUCUCGGGGCCACUUCUCGUGGAACCGUUUUCGACUCAGUUAUUGCGACAACUGCAUUGGCGUGCGGCGUGAGUGAAAACACUGUCACUCGGGUUAGUAACGCACCGGUCCGCCCCACGACUCCGCGAGCGCCUCGCAGAGAUCGCUCGCGGAAAGUGGCGGUUAUGACCGCUAUGAAUAACCACGGUGCAGUGUGGGGCGAGCGAAUAAGACGACUGGCCCACGAAAUGUUUAAGGAAGAAAAGGACGUGACGAUAGUGGACUUGCACCAGCAAAUGCGAACAUCCUACCCAGAAUUUGCGUUGUCGACAAUGUCAUUGUGGAGGCUUAUGAAAGGUCUUGGAUUUUCUUACAAGAUCCUCAAAGGCCAACGCUACAUUUUCGAGCGCUCGGACCUUGCGCGGAGGCGAUCGUUGUACUUGAGGAACAUCGAGGAAGCAAGGAGGAGAGGGGACUGCGUAGUGUACAUGGACGAGACGUGGGUUUUCGAGGGUAUGGUUAAGAAACGAGGCUGGAUGGACAACAACCUGUCGCGCUUUCCCUCCGAGGAAACCAUACAGCAGUAUUCCUGUGGCAAGACUGCUGGGAAGAAUAAAGGGAAGCGCGGCAUCGUUAUUAUGGCGUUGUGUGAAGGUGGAAUCAUACCCGGCUGUACCCGCGUUCUCGUCUGUGGACCCCGAACUGCGCAGUAUUCAGAGAUGGACCACACGAUUUUUGAAGAAUGGCUGCGAUCGUCAAUCCCCCUGAUGAGGGAAUUCGCAGCUGGUCGGAAUGUCACUCUAGUACUCGACAAUGCACCUUACCAUACGAGGGUACUAGAGAGGGUUCCGACCAGGAGCUCCACGAGGCAGGAAAUCAUGGACUACCUCGCUUCACAUGGCAUCGAAGUGGCCCUUGACAGUACAAGAGCUUCUCUUUUAGAUGAGCUGGACCUCUUCGUUGCCAGUCGAGGGGGAGUCUCAGCCCUGCGCUCGUAUGCAGCCGAGAGAAUAUGUGAGGAGAUGGGAGUGAGCCUGCUCAGGCUGCCUCCAUUUCACUGCUUCUUUAAUCCAGUGGAGCUUUGCUGGAGUUACCUCAAGCACCGACUCAACAAGUUGGGAAAACCCACAGAUAGGCUGGAAACAGUGAGGAAUAGGGCUGUUGAAAUAUUGGGAAGCAUACCGAGGAGCCUCUGUGAGGGAUGGUGCUGGGAUGCAAUUAAGGAGGAGGAUUCUGCACGGAUGAAAGAGGCAUUGGAUGCCAAUAAUAACAUUAUUGGCAAUGACGAGAUACUCUCUCCACCAGGAAUUCAUCUGAUAGUUCGCUGUCAGAUGAGUCGCUAG